GCUGGUGAUGCGCCCCUGUGGAGGGCAGGACGAGGCGGCGGCCGAGGGCGUCCUGCGGCAAGCUCCGGCUCUGGGGGGCAGCGCCGGAGCGGGCCAGCCGAUGGGCUACCUGUGUGAAGUGGCCGGCGAUGGCGACGAAGAGGCGGGAGAGGACGAAGCCGACCUGCUGGACACUUCGGAUCCCCCGGGGGGAGGCGAGAGCACAGCGAGUUUGGAGGACCUGGAGGACGAGGAGACCCAUUCGGGGGGCGAGGGCGGCAGCGGGGGAGCCCGAAGACGAGGCAGCGGUGGGGGCGGCAUGAGCAAGACCUGCACCUACGAGGGUUGCAACGAAACCACGAGCCAGGUGGCCAAGCAGCGCAAGCCGUGGAUGUGCAAGAAGCACCGCAACAAGAUGUACAAAGACAAGUACAAAAAGAAGAAAAGCGACCAGGCUCUGAACUGCGGUGGGGCCGCCCCGGCUGGCAGCGUGGGAAGUGUCAAACUGGAGGAAAGUGCAGAUAACAUACUCUCCAUUGUUAAACAAAGAACGGGAUCUUUUGGGGAUCGUCCUGCAAGACCUACUCUUUUAGAACAAGUAUUAAAUCAAAAAAGACUGUCAUUAUUAAGAAGUCCAGAAGUGGUACAGUUUUUACAGAAACAGCAACAACUAUUAAAUCAACAAGUUUUGGAGCAAAGACAGCAGCAGUUCCCAGGAACAUCAGUGUGAGAGAAUGAAGAAGAUCGACCUGGUUUUUUAUCUUCUUGUAGUAGAUGAGCAUAUUUUUAUACCAAAGAUAAGUGGGGUAAGAUAUGCCAGUGGAAUAUAAACAGUCAUUUUCCUGUAAACAUAUGUGUGCAUUUGGAGAUAAAUAAGUAUUGCACUUUCAGAUCACCAUGAAUUUGAAGAAAUUAGCUUAUCAUUCCAAAAUAACAUUUAAGUACAAUGUAUUUUGAACUAAGUGUUCUUCUUCAGUCAUUGUUACUGAAGGUAAGAAAGCAGUUACUUUCUGUGGAAGUCCCGAAGUUAAUAGAUAUUAAUCUUGAACCAUCUAGCUUGGUGGUUCUUAUCAAGGGGCAGUUAGAAAUGUGUGGGUAUGAUUUUUGAUUGUCACAGUGACUGUGAAAGCAGCUUGUUUUUAGUGAAUGGCCAGGAGUGCUAAACGUUCUGUAUUGUCUGGAAUAGUCCCAUACAACUAAGAAUUAUCUUACAAUAUAAUUCCUCUUAAGAAACACUAAUAGCUACUUGCGAUGAUAAAAUACAGUUGGGGCACUUAGAAUUGGGUUCUCAUAACCUUUUCAAUUAAGACUGAGGCUGUCACAGAGGUAAGCCUUUCUAUCUAUAGGGAAAGCUAAAUAGUUAGAUAUCUAUGAAAUUAGGGUGUGCAUCUCCUCGGAGAUAUGCUAGUACAACCUGAGAGAGGGAUUAACUGAGUACACCAGAAUGAAUGCAGCUCCUAAAGUUGGCUUCUCUGCUUCAUGUUACUUACUAGUGUUGACCCCUUUUAAAGCAGACACUCUUGUGUGCUAAAUUUGUGAACAGCGUAGAUAGAGCUCAUCCCACCAAUGCCAGGACAAAAUUAUUUUUUAAUACUCAUUUCUUUUUCUAAAAGAGCUCCCGAAAAUAAAAACACUCCAGCAUUUUGUUAAUGCUUUUCAAAAUUGAGCUGUUUUAAGGUUGUGUUAUUCCUAAGCAAUGUUCAAAGAAUAAUGGGUAAUAUAGACAGAUACUUUUUCUUUUAUUUUCUCCUAGGAAGAUUUUUAAAAGGCAAACCUGCCAAUAAAAGUAACAAAUCAAAUAUUUCCAGUGAUAGUACAAUAAAUAUGUGUCUCAGGUUUAACUGCAAAAAUGUGUUAGUUUCUUGGUUUUUAAACUCUGAAACAUAUAUCAGGUUAAACUUAGUCACAACUGUUCUAAGAAGUACUUAAGGAGAGAAAGAGUCUUUUCAUUUUUUAUGAGUUUUAUACCUGCAUAUCUGUGUAAAAACACUUUUACCAAAAUUAUUCAUUAAAGUCCGGUUUUUGACUUUGA